AUGGUUCGCCGCGCGGCUACGGUGGCAGCGCACGCCUCGUCCCGUGAUGCACUCAACGCCUCGUUACCUGCCGAGAGGCUCCGCGCGGAUGAGGCCGAACUCAAGCAUCAUUUCAUGACCCAAGCCUGGUUCACCUUCUCAUUACAAAACGACCCCCGCAAGUGUGAUGUCUGGUCAAGAUGGGUGCCCCAGUUGGCAACCCGCAACGUUUUUAUUCACCAGAGCAUGCUUUCCAUAGCAGCUCUCCACCUCUGCUAUCUCGAACCGCCCAAUGCCAAACGAUACUAUUCCAUGGCCUGUCAGCACGCCAUCCAAGCGAGCAACUACUUCAGACUCGCUGUCCCGCAGGUCACUGAAGAGAAUUGGCUCGCAACUUUCGUCUUUUCCAUGUGCAACGGCAUCUUCGGGUACUAUCGCCCUUUCGCCGACGAAAAGAUCAUGGGGCAUGUCAACAACUUUGAGCCAGCCAACUCUCUUUCAAUGAUGCGGGUGGCGGCUAGGUUCUCCGAUAUGGUUACGCCGCAUGUAUUCAAGAGUCCGAUCCGCUACAAACUCGCUCAGAUAGACCCCAAAGAUUGGCGGGACUGCAAUGACGCGUUACUGCGGCCUUCAUUAUUGAAGAUCGCCAAGUUUGAAGAGUUCUUGUCCAUGGGCCCCGAAUCGACAGGUAUACGGGCUGAAGGAACAAAGACAUAUCUGGAAGCCUUCAGGGCGCUUAGGUCAUACAUAACAUCACUACCCGGACGCCCUAGGGUAUGGAAGCAUUUCAUCAUCUGGCCUUCAUUCGUAUCAGAACAUUAUCUCUCACUCCUGCGGCUGAAGGAGCCAGUGGCGCUCAUGAUAUUCGUCCUCUGGACCGAAGUCAUGUUUCACGCGCCCCAGAGAUGGUAUCUAAUGACCUGGUAUGGCCGCGGCCAUGAAAAUGCCUUGCAGGAACUUGCUCAGCAAACUUUCACGCCAGCCCACCGCUUCUGGGAGACGCUGGCCGACGACAGCCAAUCCGAUACCAACACGGAGGAAUCAGAGGCAAGCGAGGUGUGUCCGUCAACGCCGUCAUCUGCUCGAAGCGACUUCUUGCUCUUGUCUACCGGAGAAGAGUUUGGGCACGACAAGGGCUGUGGCGGACACGACUUCUUUGGAGCCCACGGAAUGGCUCAGGAGGCUAGGUGA